CAAGCUGGACUGCACCAUGCGAGGCGUGAGAUAGGGGGACACGGGCGCGACCAUCCGCGCUGCGGCGGCGGCGGCGAGUCAGCGCUACCUCAGUCUGCGGCGGGCAGCAGAAGAGUCGUGUCGUGCCUGAGAGCGCGGCUGUGCUCUUGAGCCCCGCGCGGCCCGCCCCCGCGGUUCCUGGUCAAAUUGCCCCUAGGAUCCCCUGCCCCAAGCCGCAGCCAUGAACUACCUGCGGCGCCGCCUGUCGGACAGCAACUUCAUGGCCAAUCUGCCGAAUGGGUACAUGACAGACCUGCAGCGCCCGCAGCCGCCCCCCCCGCCGCCCUCUGCUGCCAGCCCCGGAGCCACACCCGGUUCCACGACUGCCACUGCCGAGAGAACGUCCGCGGCCGCCCCAGUGGCCUCACCGGCAGCCCCUAGUCCUGGGUCCUCAGGAGGUGGUGGUUUCUUCUCGUCGCUGUCCAACGCGGUCAAGCAGACCACAGCGGCUGCGGCCGCCACCUUCAGCGAGCAGGUGGGCGGAGGCUCUGGGGGUGCAGGCCGCGGGGGCGCCGCCGCCAGGGUGCUGCUGGUCAUCGAUGAGCCCCACACCGACUGGGCCAAAUACUUCAAAGGGAAAAAGAUCCAUGGAGAAAUUGACAUAAAAGUAGAGCAGGCUGAGUUCUCUGAUCUCAACCUUGUGGCUCAUGCCAAUGGCGGGUUCUCUGUGGAUAUGGAAGUUCUUCGGAAUGGGGUUAAGGUUGUACGGUCUCUGAAGCCAGACUUUGUGCUGAUCCGCCAACACGCCUUCAGCAUGGCACGCAAUGGAGACUACCGCAGUUUGGUCAUCGGGCUGCAAUAUGCUGGAAUCCCCAGUGUGAACUCUUUGCAUUCUGUCUACAACUUCUGUGACAAGCCUUGGGUGUUUGCACAGAUGGUUCGGCUGCACAAGAAACUGGGGACAGAAGAGUUUCCACUAAUUGACCAGACCUUCUACCCCAACCAUAAAGAGAUGCUCAGCAGCACAACGUACCCCGUGGUUGUGAAGAUGGGGCACGCACACUCUGGGAUGGGCAAGGUGAAGGUGGACAACCAGCAUGACUUCCAGGACAUUGCAAGUGUUGUGGCACUGACCAAGACAUAUGCCACAGCUGAACCCUUCAUUGAUGCCAAAUAUGAUGUGCGUGUCCAGAAAAUCGGACAGAACUACAAGGCCUACAUGAGGACAUCGGUGUCUGGGAACUGGAAGACCAACACUGGCUCUGCAAUGCUUGAGCAAAUAGCCAUGUCUGACAGGUACAAGCUGUGGGUGGACACGUGCUCAGAGAUUUUUGGGGGACUGGACAUCUGUGCAGUGGAAGCACUGCAUGGCAAGGACGGAAGGGACCACAUCAUUGAGGUGGUGGGCUCCUCCAUGCCACUCAUCGGUGACCACCAGGAUGAAGAUAAACAGCUCAUCGUAGAGCUUGUGGUCAACAAGAUGGCUCAGGCUUUGCCACGGCAGCGGCAGCAACAGCAGCAGCGAGAUGCCUCCCCUGGCAGGGGCUCCCACAGCCAGGCUCCUUCCCCAGGGGCCCUGCCCUUGGGUCGCCAGACCUCCCAGCAGCCUGCGGGGCCCCCAGCUCAGCAGCGACCUCCACCACAGGGUGGCCCUCCACAGCCUGGCCCAGGCCCCCAGCGCCAGGGCCCCCCAUUGCAGCAGCGCCCACCUCCACAGGGCCAGCAGCACCUUUCAGGCCUUGGACCCCCAGCUGGCAGCCCCCUGCCACAGCAGCGCCUACCAAGUCCCACGUCGGCACCCCAGCAGCCUGCAGCUCAGGCUGCACCACUGGCCCAGGGUCAAGGCCGUCAAUCCCGGCCCGUGGCAGGAGGCCCAGGAGCGCCUCCAGCAGCUCGUCCACCUGCUUCCCCGUCUCCCCAGCGCCAGGCUGGUCCCCCACAGGCUACCCGCCAGACAUCUGUCUCUGGUCCGGCUCCACCAAAGGCUUCGGGGGCCCCACCGGGUGGGCAGCAGCGCCAGGGUCCGCCCCAGAAACCCCCAGGCCCCGCUGGCCCCACACGCCAGGCCAGCCAGGCAGGGCCUGGGCCCCGCACUGGGCCACCCACCACGCAGCAGCCUCGGCCUAGUGGCCCAGGCCCUGCCGGACGUCCAGCCAAGCCACAACUGGCCCAGAAACCCAGCCAGGACGUGCCGCCACCUGCCACUGCUGCUGCCGGGGGACCCCCGCACCCCCAGCUCAACAAAUCCCAGUCUCUGACCAAUGCCUUCAACCUUCCAGAGCCAGCCCCGCCCAGGCCCAGCCUUAGCCAGGAUGAGGUGAAAGCUGAGACCAUCCGCAGCCUGAGGAAGUCUUUCGCCAGCCUCUUCUCCGACUGACACCCCUCCCCCAAGAACCCCCAAAUCCCUGGGCAACCAUUCUCUGGGCCCGGAAUCCAUUUCUCACGUUUGCAAUCCCCAGAUCCCUCGAGGACCCCCUUUCUCCUUGGUUCUCAAUCUUCCUCCAGCUGCUCAAGUCCCUUGACACACUUCAUGCCUGGUCCUAAAGCUCCGUCUGCCCCAUCUGCAAACCCCCAAUCCUCGUAGAACUGUGCUCCUGCUCAUUGCCAGAUUGGCAUUAGGACCUCCCAGUUCCCCAAGGCUGCCUC